AUGCUUGGAGCGCCGGCGUUAAAUUUGCCAUUGAGGUUCAGCUCCGUCUUCUAUCUGGGUAAUCAAGUUGUGACAGACAACGAUGGGAACGGCAGGUUCCGAAUCCAUGAGACUAAUGUGUUUUUCAGGCAGACGGAAUUCAGAGCAGUCAGUCUGUUUGUUGCAGGGUUGAGAGGAGAGAGCAGGUUGUGUUCUGGGAAUUGUUACAGAAUCGAUGGGCAGGUGGCAGGUGCCUCAGGUGGUGGGACACCAAUUCUGUUUGAAAUGGCUCGCGGUACAAUCGUUCUCGACCCCGAAAGUGCAAACCCUGUAAGCUUGACAAACAAGGUCCUCACAGAGGGUGUCGGCCAAGUCGUUGAAUGGUUUGGACGACCGGUGGUUGGUGGGAUUGGGAGGGAAGAGGAGAGGAGGGUCGUCGAGUUUUAUGUUACUUACGUCUUAGAUGCGGCCGUUACCUGCACGCUGAGCAUGGACACUUUGGACGUGAACAAUAUCCUCCAAUUGCGCGGGAAUGUAUUUGGCUUCGAUGUCGCUCGGAAUCGCUGGGAAGUGAAGGUUGCGGAAGUGCGACUAGUGAGCAAGAGAGAACGUCCUCGAAGAAGUCGUAGACAAAGGGGCCUCGAGGCGCAUCGAGGCUGGCGAAGUCGCCGCAGCAGGGUACGGAUAUGA